GGACUGGGGGGAUUCAUCAGCGGUUCACCCUCCCACCACCACCACCACCAAGAUCAUGAUCUGGGUUUACCUCGGCUUUGUUGCGUGUGUCGUCCUUUUGUUCCCUCCAACGACAUAUUCAGAAUGACAACAUUGUCGUUCAGGUGUUUCGUCGAACAGAAUGUGGGCAGACAUGGGCUUGCAUUGAUUUACGCCCUUCUGGAAUUCGUAAUGAUCAUCCUGCUUCUCCUCGAUGGGUUUUUGGCUUUCUUCUCCUCCGAAUUCGCCAGACUCUUUGAAUUGGGAACCCCCUGCUCCCUUUGCACCCGGAUACAUAGCUCCCUAGCUCACAGAAACUCGACAUCCUAUUGGAAUGGGUCCGUCUGCGAAGACCACAUGAAGGACAUUUCCUCCCUCGCGUAUUGCCAUGCCCACAAGAUGCUCUCGGAUAUCCGAACCAUGUGCGAGGGGUGCCUUCUCUCGUUCAAUGGCCAGGUGUGUUGUGGUGAUGACAGCAGGUACAAGUCUCUGGUGGGGAUUCUCCACAAUGAUAACAACCCAUACGAUUGCUUCGUCGUUGACAGCAGUAAUGAUCCCAGAACAGUUGCAAGAUUCUGCAGGAGAGAUGUUGUUGAUGAAGGCCAACAGAGGUGCUCGUGUUGUGGGGAGAUCCCAAGGAGGAGGAUGAAAUACACGAGAAGCGAGUCUGUUAAAGCACCACCCAUUGCUCCACCCCACACCCCUCGAACCUGGACAGCAAGUACUGAGGAGGAAAUGCCCAAUCUCGAUUUAUCCCAAAUAUCAUGCGCUGAUAAGCUCAAGUGGAUAUUGAACAAUGAUUCAGCUCUACUUCCAGAUGAUGACGGUGAUGAUGAUGUUUUGAAUGGAGGUGCAGGUGGUGGGGAGACUAGUAAAUCUACAACAGUGCCAUUGCAGCCGGAAUCUUGGGCCCUGCAUGAGGAGGCUUGCAAAACCCCGAGCUGUAGCAGAGUAAACAAGUUUUCCUGGAUACCCUUGUCAGAUUCAACUCUAGCUAGUCCUAGAUGGUGCAGUAAGAAGUCAAGAAAGAUGUCAAUUGAUGUCCUCUCAGAUCUUACUGAGAUGAAAGAUGAUGCGAACGAAGGAGAUGGUGGCAUUUUGUUUCGUCUGCAGAGGCAAGUUCUUUUGGAUCGCAAAGCUCUCAUGACUCUCCACAUGGAGUUGGAUGAAGAGAGGGGCGCUUCAGCUGUUGCAGCAAACAACGCAAUGGCAAUGAUCACCCGGUUGCAGGCUGAAAAGGCAGCCAUUCAGAUGGAAGCGUUGCAGCACCAGAGAAUGAUGGAAGAACAUGCAGAUUAUUACCGAGAAGAAUUGCAAGUAAUGAGGGACUUGCUGCUAAAGAGAGAAGAAGAGGUGAGGGUUCUAGAAUCUGAGCUUGAGAUGUAUAGGGGCACAAACGGACCGAUGUUUAGAGUAGAUAGUGAAAUAUGUGAGGUUAGUGCAGAUGAAGAUUAUCGGUUGGCAAGAUUUCAAUGCAACUCACCCUUCAGUGAAAUAUCAGACUUUGGAAACUGUGCCGCCAAAACAGAUCAUGAGCGUGCUGCUGCAGUAACAGAAGAUUCUGGGGGGGGGUGCAAAUGAGAACUUGGAGGGUUCAUCUCUAGAGUCUGAGAGGUCUUUGCUUUUGUCAUUGUUGUCAAAGUUUGAAAAGAAAUUAGACGCGACAUCAGACGAAGGAUCUCUUCUUGAAUUGAAAUCAGAUAGAGUAGAAGAGCAAGACCCACAACAAGGCUCAGGAAAUAAAGAAAUAAUGGUUUGCCUU